CUUCUUCUUGCACGUCGACCUCGACUCUCGUGUGCCUCUCGUAUUUGCCUAUUGGCCGGUACUCAUGCACCUACCUCCAGAGCUCACCGACAUAGUCAUAGAUCACCUCUACGGUGAUCAGCACUCCCUCAGCGCAUGCGCACUAACAUGUCGCGAGUGGCUGCCCACGGUCCGCUACCAUCGCUUCCACCACACUUCGUUACCUGUGAGCCGCGACUCUACACAACGAUUCCAUGAAGUGCUCCUCGCAUCUCCAGAGAUUUGUAUCCUGGUGCAGUCGCUCGAGCUACACGGACCGGUCGGAUCGGCGGAGGUACAUACCUGGGAGAACGCAUCGUACACGUUCUUGACGCUGCUACCGGCAGUGGCGAGGCUCAAGCUCGUCGCGGUGAUCCUCGAAGACUCUGUGCAAGGCAUGCUCGUUACGAGCUUGAGGGGCGUCACUCAGCUCGCCAUGUACAGGUGUCGUUACCGGUCGUUCCAGUCCCUGGUAACCUUGAUUGGGUCCUUUCCAUCCCUCCACACGCUUUCGCUUUCCUUCGGGAUCAAGUGGCGUUUCCACUUCCCACUGCCUGCCUCCGUCGCAAGUGAUCUCCGGUCCCACCUCCCGGCAGGAUUGCGGACGCUCAGACUAGGGGAGCCACGGUCAGAAGACCACGCAAGGUCUUCUGAGAUAGUCACUGUCAGGGAGAUGCUCAUGCUGGAGAUCCACACAAAGAGGACGGUACAUGUCGCUCAGCAACUGCUCAACGCGCUCAGCUCAGAUACCCUCGAGGCGCUCGAGCUGGACGUCGGCGGUACGAAUGGACUGCUGAGAUCUAUUGAACGCGAAGGAUUCACGCUCGCGCCUUGCACCCGCCUCCGCACCUGCAUGCUGCGGGUCCUCCUCCGCUACAGCCCCUCCCACAACAAUGACCCAGAUGUCCGCGGAUUCGUGACGCUCCUCGCUACGCUCGCAUCGCCUCUCUUGAAGACGUUGACGCUGUCGCUAUACAUCCAAGACGCAGAGGACUCCAGCACAGCUCGUAGAGUGCGCUUCGAUGAGCUGCAAGCGUUCGACUGGGCUAGCAUCGGCGCGAUGCUGGGACCGACCAGGCUACCUGCCCUGCAAAAGCUAUUGGUAGAGGGAACAGGUGAGAUGGCCGUUCUCGAGGAUUACAUCAGACACGUACUGCCUGCGCUGUACGCCCGUCGAGUCGUACAGCUCGUUCCAUACACGAGACGUUGAAGUCGCUAUUUCCACCACCAAUCGAUCCCUUGUCGCAGUCGCCUGUCGACAGACUUUCUAUACUUUCUAUCGGCAGUGGUCCUCGCAAAUAAAAUAUUGAGGCCGUGAACAUCGGCCGUCGCGCACGAUCGGUUACAUCGUCUAUGUGGUGAAUUUG